AAGCGUAAACUCUCCUCAUCACCCAAUCAAAUCAAUUCUGCCCUCUCUGUCUCUCUCUCUGUUCGCGCUGCAGCAAGAAAGAGAAAGAGGCUAUUUUUCUCAGCAAAGCUCUCAAGAUCUUCGUCUCUCUUUGAGAUUACUGAUUACUGCUCAUCUAAUCAAUUCCUUUGCAGGGUCUUUGAUUAUUUAUUAACCAAUUAUUUUUAUUUAUUUGUUAGAACCUAGUUUCUUGUUUCUUCUUCUAUUUCCCCCUCCCUAAAACCAUGGACGCAGGAACUUACACAUCCGUCUCCUCUGAGAAGAUGAGGUCGAGAAUGAGAUAUCGGGCCCCGCUUCGAGAAGUGGGAUCCACUGUUUUCAUCCCUCCUCUUCGAUCCUCCUCUCUUCCGAAUCCGCUGUCGAGACAGAGCAGUGCUGACAGAUUCAUACCAGAUCGAUCUGCUAUGGACUUCGACUACGCCCACUACGCCCUAACAGAAUCAAGAAAAGAAAAGGAAAACAACUCAUCAGCAACUGCAUCCCCAUCCAAAGAAGCCUACAGAAAGCUCCUAGCCGAGAUCCUCCUCAACAACCGAACCCGAAUCCUAGCCUUCAAGAGCAAACCCCCAACCCCUAUUGAUGGCUUCUUAUCGGGUACAACAUCUGACCCGUUAACCUCCUCCUCUCACCUAACCAAACCGAAACAAAGAAGAUACAUUUCUCAGACUGCAGAGAGGACAUUGGAUGCUCCUGAUCUUGUUGAUGAUUAUUACCUUAAUCUUCUUGAUUGGGGAAGUAGCAAUGUGCUCUCGAUUGCACUUGGAAAUACUGUGUAUUUGUGGAAUGCUUCGAAUGGAUCGGCAUCUGAGCUUGUGACAAUUGAUGAGGAUGUUGGUCCUGUGACUAGUGUUAGCUGGGCUCCUGAUGGCCAGCAUAUUGCUGUGGGGCUUAAUAUUUCUCAUAUUCAGUUGUGGGAUUCGACCAACAAUCGACUGCUAAGAACAUUGAAAGGAGUCCACAGAUCUCGGGUCGGCUCUCUCGCCUGGAACAAAAACAUCCUAACAACCGGAGGAAUGGAUGGAAAAAUCAUAAACAACGAUGUCAGAAUCCGAUCACACGCCAUCCAAACUUACCAAGGACACACCCAGGAAGUCUGCGGCCUUAAAUGGUCAGGCUCAGGCCAGCAACUCGCCAGCGGAGGCAAUGACAACCUCCUCCACAUCUGGGACCUCUCAAUGUCAUCCUCAACUCCAUCUCCAAACCAAAACCAAUAUGUUCAUCGCUUCGAAGAUCACAUGGCAGCGGUCAAAGCCCUAGCUUGGUGCCCAUUUCAAAGCAACUUACUAGCUUCAGGUGGAGGUGGAAGUGAUCGAUGCAUAAAAUUUUGGAACACACACACUGGGGCUUGUUUGAAUUCGAUUGAUACUAGGUCACAGGUUUGCUCGCUGCUUUGGAAUAAAAAUGAGAGGGAAUUGUUGAGCUCUCAUGGGUUUACUCAGUUGACGCUUUGGAAGUAUCCUUCGAUGGUUAAGAUGGCAGAGUUGACUGGGCAUACUUCCAGGGUUUUGUUUAUGGCUCAGAGUCCUGAUGGAUGCACUGUCGCGUCGGCAGCUGGAGAUGAGACAUUGAGAUUUUGGAAUGUUUUUGGAACUCCUGAAGUUGCGAAGCCUGUGCCUAAGGGGAACUCAGUUCCCUUCAGUAGUUAUAAUCAUAUUAGGUAAAAAGAGUUUUCCUGAAAGGUGCAUGGGGAUGGAUCGAAAUUGGAGGAGUUUAUAUGUGAUUUAAUUGCUAUAUGAAAGGUAAAUUUUAGGUUCAUCAAUUUGGAGUUUCAGGUUCAAUGAAGUUUAGUUUUGCUGCACAUUUUAUUUGUGUGUUUUGCAGGUCAAUGGUAGGAGGCUGCUGCAUUCACCUACUGGCUAUUUUGUGAGAUUUUCUUUUUUGUUUUUGCUAGGCAUAUAGUACAUAUGUCAUUAAUAUUAAGUUUCCUAAGAGAUAUUUUGAUUAUUUUCUUAUUUACUUCAGUAUCUAGAGUUAUAACAUAUAAUAUUCUCUGUUUUAACCUUGAUUAAUUUUUAGUUUAAGUACUUUUGUAAUCUUUUUAGUGUUCUCAUUGUUUUGCAAUAUAUCUCUACUAAUAUACCUUUAAUAUUAAAGGUAACUAAGAGAUAUUUUAAUUAUUUUCUUAUUUACUUCGGUAUCUAGAAUACAUAUAAUAUUUUCAGUUUUUAAACUUGAAUUAGUUUUUAGUUUAAAGUACUUCUGAAAUCUUGUCAGUGUUCUCAUUAUUUUGCAAUAUAUCUCUACAAUAUACCUUUAAUACUUAACUAAUUUCAAGAGAAAUUUUGGAUAUGUACUUUUCUUAUUUGGCUAUAUAGUCUUCUAGGUUAAUAAAUGUUAUAUAUAUUUUCAGCUUUAACAUGGUUAGUUUUAAAACUACCAUUAAUUUGAACAAUAAUCCAUUUUCUUUUUCUUCCUAAUUUUGGUGUACGCUUAAAAUAUUUUGUUUGUUUAUUAAUAAAACGAGAGAAGCUAUCAAAUAAAAUUUUCAUUUUUUUGUUUUUGUUUGAAUUUAAAAAGCAGUUUUCUAUAUUUUUGUACAUAGAAUAGGCUAGGAUUUUGUAAUAGUUUAUGGGACUGAAAAUAUUUGUGUAAAAAACCAAUGAUGUAAUUAUUUUCUUCAUAUAUAAUGGAAUGUAAAUCUACCGAGC